UAAAUCUCAAGUUCGAUAAAGUAGCAUCAAAAAUGAAAGUAGCAAUUGUAGCCUUCGCUUUCCUGGCCGUCGCCUUCGCCGCCCAAUCCGAUGAGCAAGCUCCAAUCGUCUCCCAAGACUCUGAAGUCAACUUUGAUGGAUCUUACCAUCACUCUUAUGAGACCGGAAACGGAAUCUCCGCCCAAGAACAAGGUGUGUUGAAGAACGCCGGAAGCAAGGAUGGUGAAGCCGAAGAAGUCCAAGGAUCUUACCAAUACACCGCUCCAGAUGGUACUCCAGUUAAGGUACAAUACGUCGCCAACGAAUUCGGUUUCCAACCACAAGGAGACCAUCUUCCAGUUGCCCCAACUCCACCACCAGUACCAGCUGCCAUCCUCAGGGCUUUGGAAUACAUCCGUACCCACCCACAAGAACCAGAAAAGAAAUUCUAAGAAGACUGCCAUAUAUGCUCCGAUUUUGGAUACAUAACUAUUUUGAAACUACACUCGUUCAUUUUAUAAAUG